CUGUGUGGGGGUGGCCCCACCCUCUGAUUCUGCCCCCUCUCCCUUCCAGGUGGCCGACACCUGGACAUUCCCCUAACGGUGGAGGACCGCCCCUCCCCCUGGGUGCCCCCCACCCUCUGCCUCCGGAGCCCCGGCCGCCGCCGCCACCCCUCCCCCUCCCCCGCCGGUCCUCCACCUGGCCUGCAUCACCCCAGAGCCGAGUUCCAUGGCUGAUAAGCAGAUCAGCCUGCCGGCCAAGCUCAUCAAUGGCGGCAUCGCGGGGCUGAUUGGGGUCACCUGCGUGUUCCCCAUCGACCUGGCCAAGACGCGCCUGCAGAACCAGCAGAAUGGCCAGCGCAUGUACGCCAGCAUGUCUGACUGUCUCAUCAAGACCAUCCGCUCGGAGGGCUACUUUGGCAUGUACCGGGGCCUGUCUGACCCCCGCAUCCCCACAGGAGCCGCAGUGAACCUGACCUUGGUGACCCCAGAGAAGGCCAUCAAGCUGGCAGCCAAUGACUUCUUCCGUCACCAGCUCUCGAAGGAUGGGCAGAAGUUGACUCUGCCCAAGGAAAUGCUGGCGGGCUGCGGGGCUGGGACCUGCCAGGUGAUUGUGACCACACCCAUGGAGAUGCUGAAGAUCCAGCUGCAGGACGCAGGCCGCAUCGCUGCCCAGAGGAAGAUUCUGGCUGGGGAAGCGCAGCUUUCGUCCCAGGGGGGAGCCCAGCCCCCCGUGGAGGCGCCGGCCGCUCCUCGGCCCACGGCCACCCAGCUGACCCGGGACCUGCUUCGCAGCCGCGGCAUCGCCGGCCUCUACAAGGGACUGGGGGCUACGCUGCUCAGGGAUGUCCCUUUCUCCGUUGUCUACUUCCCCCUCUUUGCCAACCUGAACCAGCUGGGCCGCCCGGCAUCGGAGGAGAAGUCCCCCUUCUACGUGUCCUUCCUAGCCGGCUGUGCGGCCGGGAGUGCGGCUGCCGUGGCGGUUAACCCCUGUGACGUGGUGAAGACUCGGCUCCAGUCACUGCAGCGAGGCAUCAACGAGGACACCUAUUCGGGGUUUCUGGACUGUGCCAGGAAGAUCUGGCGGCACGAGGGCCCCUCGGCCUUUCUGAAGGGUGCCUACUGCCGCGCCCUCGUCAUCGCCCCGCUGUUUGGCAUCGCCCAGGUGGUCUACUUUCUGGGCAUUGCCGAGUCCCUGCUGGGGCUGCUGCAGAGCCCCCAGGUUUGAGUCCACAGGGCCACCCCGGCCCCUCAGCUGGGGACGAAGAAGGGCUGUCAGCCCGGGCCUGAGUGAAGGAAUGUUUCACCUCGCCCUGCCUCAUCACAAGGGAGGCAGGAGAGGGGAGGCAGGGUCCAUGUGGGGGGCACACACACAAAGGCCCCACGGGGUCCUGAAGAGAAAACCGUUGGGAUCAAUGUCUUAUUUAUGUAGAAAAUGCAGAAAUCUGUACAUUCCUCAAGCCAGUCCUUGACCCAGUCCUGCCUGGCCUGAAGACCCCCAGGGACAGAGCUGGUCUCUGGGCUGGGGUCCCCAGGCCCGGGCUGGGCAGGCUGACCCUACCCCUGAGUCCACCAGCUCCUGUCUCCUAGGCUAUCCUGGUCUACAAAGGGGACCCCCCCUACACCCCCAGUGAAAAAGCCUAUUUAUUUAACCUGCUGCAUCGGUGUGUCUCUACCCGUCCUUCUGUCCAUCCGUCCAUCCACCCCUGCUGCUCUUCUCACUUUGGCCAGGACUCUGCUCUGCCUCCCAGGCCAGCCUUGAAGAAGAACCAGAGGACAGGGUCUCCUGCCCCAUGUUGAGCCCAGGUUUUCCAGGUUGAUGGGGGUCACACUGAGUUCUGACUCCCAGAUCCCUCCCCCACCCCCCCCACACACAGGUGUACACACACACUGGGAACUUCUGCUGGCUCCUAGGCCCUCCACGGAAGGUGGGACCUAGGCCCCAUGAUGUGUUGUUGUGCGCCUGUGUUGUGGGGGGCAGGUUGUGCCUCCCUGCCCUCAGCUGAUCUGGCUGCUCGGGACGGAGCGGAGACGAUACCGCUGCUCUCCUGCUGCUGUGCUGCGGCCAGGCACUGUUUGCUCUGUGGGCUGUGUGUACCUCACCUCCUCUAGUGACCUCAUCCCCCAGUUUUUCCCCUCAGCCUUUCUUCUGAGACACCCGCCCCCGGAAAGGGGAAGGGAAGACAUACGGGCCAGUAUGGACCCUGGGGCCGCCUGCUCUGCUGGUGCCCAGCCCUGCUCUCUAGGCCUCUGUUUAAACCCCUGGCCCCCCCAGUCCUGUAUCCAUGUGAAUUGAGGCAAGCACCCUCCUCGCCCUGGCCAUGUGGUUGUGUUGGUGAUUGAUCCUGAAGUGCUGGUGCUGUGUCCCCAAACCUAGCCCUCCCUGUGGAGGCCCCUUCCCAGUGACACUACCUGGGGCUCAGGUCCAGCCCCCAGUCCACGGUUGCUCCAGGGAGCUGCCCCUUCCCGACGUAUCUGUACCUUGAAAGCUGCUGCUGCUGCUUACAGAAUUAUAUUUUUUUUCUUUUGAAGAGUUUUAAGGAGUUGUAAUUUUUGUGUCUUGUCAUGUAAUGAUAAAUAAAUAUUCUAAGUAGA